AUGGUACCGAGCCGACCUUCUCCGGCGCCAGUGCGCGGUCGCGUCCCGUAUCCGUCCGCCGACUCGUACCUCCCUGGCGACGUGGGGUUAACGCCGACCGUCAACACAGAGGCCAGGCUCGCGCUUCCAAGCGCGGGCAACAACGCGCCGAACGGCUCGCCGAACUCGUCAGCGACACCGUCUCCCGCUCCCCCUACUCCCAGCACCGAGGAUUCGGACAUGAAUAAGGAAGGUGGCGUGGCUGGGGGCUUGCGGCGCUUAACGUCGCGCCGGCGGUCGACGCGUGAUAAGGAAAAGGGCAAAGAGAAGGACAAGGCGCAGGAACUUGAGGCGCCAGAGCCUUUGCCCAAAGAACCACCCGUGGAACGCAAGCUGAGCCGCCAGAUGACCGAGCGAGAACAGAGCUCUAUGAGCUUGAAGAACUGGUGGAAAUCAUUCAAAUCUCGCGACCAACCACCCGCCGAGCGCAGCUUCCGUCGAGCGCCGCAGACCAUGAACACUCGGCGUGUAUUUGGCGUGCCACUGUCGCGCGUUCUCACCUACGCCGCGAUGCAGAUCUCUACCAGCGCCCCUGACGGUUCGCUAUACGUCUGGGGCGAGGUGCCGAUCCUCAUUGGGCGCUGUGGGGCCUACCUCAAAAGCAAGACGGACAUUGAGGGCGUUUUCCGCGUCUCUGGGUCAGCCAAGCGCAUCCGCGACCUGCAGGUCAGAUUCGACGAGGGCCCAAAGUACGGCAUAGACCUCAACUGGGAGGAGUCGCCCUACACGCCACACGACGUCGCCACCAUCCUGCGGCGGUAUCUCACACAGAUGUCUGAGCCGGUUACCCCAUUCCAGUACUACAACGCGUUCCGUGCCAUUCAGGUGUCGGACCACACGGCCGAACAGAAGGUCCGCGAGUACAAGCGUCUCGUCCGAGACAUGCCACGUGAGAACCAGUACCUCCUCCUCUACUUGCUCGACCUCUUAGGCCUCUUUGCGCGCGACUCGGACAAGAACCUCAUGACGUCGGCCAACCUGGCCGUCAUCUUCCAGCCAGCAAUCCUUUCACACCCAGGGCACGAUAUGCGCCCCGCCGAGAGCGCGAUAUCCAAGGACGUUGUCCAGUUUUUGAUCGACCACCAAGCCCACUUUGUCUUUGGCAUGUCGAAGCGUAUGUCCAAUGCGACGCGUCGCUCCAAGUCGACAGCCGCGGAGGGUUCAAGCAAGGCUACACCAGGGACAGCCUCUAGAAGUCCAUCCGACGGCGCUGCGAUCGCCGCGAGCAGGGCAGGCGUGCCGUUCAUCACCUCCCCAAGACCGCCCGCGAUCCCGGAGGACCGAGAGGCGUCGCCACAGAAGAGUGAGCCUCUCCCGAUCCAGGUCCUGUCGCCUCAGCCAAUUUCGCAGUCUACGUCUUCGAUACUCGCUGGUCAACCUUUGGCCCAUUCGCCCGAACCGCAUUCGUCGUCUCUCCCCAAGAGCGGAGCAUCGCCAUGCCUGUCACCGUCGCCAGCCCCGCCCAGCACAGCGGCGUCCCCAGUCCCGCUAGCAGCGACUAACUCUCCGCAGCCAUCUGUACCUGAGCCGCGCACGUCACUCACUUUGCAGCGCCCACCCCCAGUCAGGGCGGACACCGAUUUCAUGCUGCCAUCGGACUCGGACGAGGAAGCACCACCAGGCGGCUAUUACAUUGUAGAGAGGGCGACCUCUCCCCACCGUGCGACAUCACCGUUUCCCGCGUCCCCGGAGCCCACAGGGUCCGUCACUCAUGCAACAGUCGCGUUGCAAUCUAUCCUCCCACCGCGACCCCCACGGCGGUCACAGGACAAGGACAAGGACAAGGUCAUUUCACCCAUCGUCCCGUCCGGGCCUGGUGUUCCUAUCGUGGAUAUAUUACAGCCGUCCGACUCUGACGACGACGCCCCCGCUGGCGGGUAUGUCAUGUUCGAGAACAAGCCUGGGAUGCUCAGAACCUCAGCGAUGGGCCGCGCGCACUCGGCAGCAGCCUCACCCACGGCGAGGCCGUUGACGUCUGCAGAGACUGUCCCGGCCCGCUCUCGGACAGCACUGCAGUCUGGCGAAGGGCGUGCCAACUCACCCCAACCGCCAGUACAAGGUGCCACUGGCUUGUUACGACGCAGAACGUUACCGACCAAGCGCGUGUCGGAUUUUACAGCACGCAUGCGCCGAGCUGUGCGUGAGGCGUAG